AUGACUACCCCUGCAGAGCCCGACCAAGCAUCCGAUUCUGGCGACCUCGCACCCACUGAUCUCAAGCGACGCGUCGUCGAGGCUCUGGACGCUCUCGCCUCGGCUAACUCAGAUCUUGAUGGGUUAUUACAGGCAAUCAAAGCUUGGUCAUCAUGCCGUCCGAUAGGCCAGGACUGUCAGCUGGAGUGCAUCUACUACGGCUUACGUCGUGGUCCGCUCAACGUCCAAGAUGAAAGGGAGGAGGAGGAGCAUGUCCAAGAGGAGAGUUUCAGCGGGCGAAACCUGUGUCCAGACGAUAAGUUUCGGGUUAAAAGCCUCCAGCGUCUCACCACGGACCUCGGAGUCGAUGUCUUCCUGGCGAACCUGCGGUUGGAAAGAACGGAAAUUGGCCCGCUGGCCAUGGAAGAGGUUGACUCCGACGCCGACGAUAGCGAAAACGAAGAUGUCGCAAAUUCCACCUCGGUUGAGCUCACCUCGCUCUUCGAUUGCGAGGGAACCCUCCUGGCAGAUGGUCUGGAACUUGAUGGAAAUGACAAGAUGCUGUUGGAAUGUUUCGACAGAGAGGGCGCCGAGGAGGAGACAGAUGGGUUCUAUCAGAAGGACCAAUACGUAGGUCUCCCUAAUGCCAACUCUGUACUCGUGAUUCACCAGUUGCAGGGAUGCGAUACUCAAAUUGUAUACUACAAUACCGGGGCAGUCAUUAUCAUACCUCGCGUAUCAACAGUCACAUUAUUGAGUAGCUCCUUCGGUUCCGGGGGUAAAAGCGACUUGAAGAGAGCAGCAAGGCUUCUCGACUCCUAUGCCUCGAAAUGUCUAGGGUCUGCAUGCCCCAAGUCCGAUCUCGAACUCUUCGGCGCUCUGUGUUUCAAGAGCGUGGAGGGGCAUGAUCCUGUCCCGGUAGAACUCGGUCUGAGGCUAUUCCGUAUUGCGCUUCAAUUUCGCGACGCUGGCUUGUUCGACUUGGUGUGUGAGGAACUGAACGGUAGCACAUUCACGCCGGAAUUCCUCGGCUGGAUCGGACAAUAUCUACCCGGUUCUGGCCUCUCGGCUAAGAAGCUGGAAACUCCGCUGUUACGGUCAAUCCUUGCGUGCCGGGGCUUCAAAGCACGGUAUCUAGCGAUCUCAAGUUUAUCUCAAAAGGGCACGUCCGCUUCGGCGGAGCUUAAAGACAUAUGCUCUAGUGCGUACGAUCAUUGUAUCCAAGAGCUGAGCACCAGGCCUGCUGAACAUGAUGGAUACGACGUUGUUGAGAUGAUCGCCGCUGACGCAACCUUCGACUCGCUGGAUGAGAGUUUCGCAUUCCUCCUUGGAAUUCUGACAAAACUGUUUGAAUACGCAUGCCGAGAGAACCCGCUACAAGAGAGAGCACUCGAUACCUACCAAGAUACGGCUCAGCGCCUGAUCAAUGCGUUCAAGGUUGGCUUUGUCACUUCCCAUGGAGACCGUUCACCAGACCGACCUGUGUACUGGCGCAAAAUCCGCCCAGGUAGCCUGGCGAACUUCUUCACAGAUAUGCUAAACCUGAACCUUCGCCCGCUUGCGGAAGAGCUGGUCUGCAAGGUUGCGGACCAAGUUUCCAGUAUUGAUUCCCGAGAGCUCAUACCGGUCUACCUCCCCUUUCUCGGCAGACUGCUUCAUCCCCUGAACCAGACUUCGUUUGACAAAUCAUUCGAUAUUUACCAACGCCUCUUUCGGGAGCUUCUUGAACGCGUUCGGGGUGAAGGUGUGGGGUUCGACCUCUAUCGAGCCCCUAUCCCUGAUGAUAUUAGCCCUGACUACGUUCAGCUCAACAAAUUUCUCACGAAUCGGCAUCAGAAGGAAUGGCGUUUCCGCGCGCCGAAAUUCGAUUGUGACGACCUGGUAAAAAAGCUAGAAGAGGCGAAGGCGAAGACGGACUGUGGACACCGGCUUACACAUACCAGUCCCUGCUGGACGCUAGAAAUAUGGAAGACCUUUUCGGACUAUGCCAGCGCCAAGGCUGACUCGGAUAAACGUAAGUUGGAGGCAAAGAAAGCGUUGAACAGCUUCGACCAGGAGAAGAUGGCUACUCUUCUUGGAGACCAAUACCAACGUAUCAUUAUGCUGGAAGGCACGUCGGAUCCAUUUGUUGUGCCGCCGACCGUUGAGCCAAUGCCUGAAUAUCAUUCGCCUCACGGGAAAUGUCGGUAUGCCGACUCGAAGAAGGCGGCGAAGCUUCAGCCCCCGCCCGCACCUGAGGGACCGAUCCCUAGGACGCAACCAGCAUCACGUCCUGCGCAACUCGCGCGACAACCUGCUCCCACUGGCCCUCCGCACAGCAACACUAUUCUCGUCAAACCGUUCAAAUCGCCGGAGGCUAAUCUACCAGAGGUGUGGCUCUACUACCAGCAGCUGCACCAACAGCAAUACCCCAUGUCGAUGCCCCUGGACCCUCAAACCUUCGAAGCACACGGACAAUACCUACCCGCGAGGGCACCGGCCUUUGCCCAAAUCGCAACGCGCUCAUCCCCGAACCAGCCCUUCGCUCCAGCACAGGGACAGACUGUUCCGCGGUAUGAAACGCCAUACCCGGUGGGCCGGGCUCCUGUAAGUGGACCUGACGCGUGGAAGUCGAUGUUCGAGUUGGUGCCGCAGAAUGGUCAGGGUGACCAACUGGCACAGGGGCAGGACAAGCCGCCUGGGUCCGGGUCCGUGGCCCCGGCGGCGGGAGCUAAGCGGAAGCGCGUGGAACAUAUAGAUCUGGCAUGA